CAUCAAUAACGAAAUAAGAUAUUAUAACUAAUUUUGAUGUUAAACAGAUAUUGUAUAAUUUCUUGAUUCCUUGGAUGCAAUAUCUCGAAAAUAUCAAUUAUCGCUGUGAUAACACAGAAACAUCAAGCCAAGAUAUGAUGGUAAAAGUUGUUAUUAUUUUGAUCUUUGUUUGCUAUUUACACCUACCCGGGAUGAUGCGAGCGCCGACCCAAGGCCUGCAGAAUCACACCAAAGGCCUGCCAGUGAAAGUCGUCAGUCGUCAGUCGAAUUCAUUUUCUUUGGAAUCCGAUUGAAAAUCACAAUGAACUCCGAGUCAAAUUUCGGAAGAGUUCACCAAGUGUACACGACAAGAGCCAUCUCUGUUCUGUCUAAAUGCAGACCCUGUUGGUCGUGACAAUUCGAGGCACUUUUCAGUCCCAUAUAUCAUCAUUAAGAGUUAAUUGAUUUUUUUUCAUUCUUACCAAAAGAUGCUGCGAAAUAGGUAUUAAUUGAAAGAGAAGAAAACGCCGAAGAAAACUUCAAAAAAUUUCAGAACCCCCCUCUUGAAUGACUCCUGCGCACGGACCUGCAAUUCACUCAAUCGAUCAACUAACUGAUAUUCGGAAGUGUGGAUGAGGCGUGCCAGUUUUACUCGUAUUCACGACAUCCAGUUACGUCUCUGACAUUACCCACCCACCUUUCUUUUCGUUUCCAAACCAUAAAGUUGUCCUUCCAGUCGGUGAUGUGUUGCAAUAAGUGUACUGAUCCUGAUUGCUCCGACCGGAUACGCAGUCGACUGAUGGCAGCAAUCAUGCAAAAGCUGUUUUUUUUUUUCAUUAUAGAGGCUUUAUCCUCAAGGUCAUUCACCUGUUUGGGCCAGGAAAAACUUGAUCCUAUGUGCGGGAUUGGGAAUCAAUCUAUUCAAAGUGGUAAAUCAAGCAAAUAAAAACAGUUCAGUUUUUCCAGAAAGUUAUGAUUUUUUUUUGGAAAUAUCCACAAAGCAUUUUAGCUCACAUUGAACAAAUUUUAAUUAAUUGAAAGAUUACAAAUAUCAAGCGAUACAGGAACUAAAAAUCGGUCUUUGAUACAGGGACUUAAAAUUACAUUUGCCUGUAUGUGAAAAUGCAUCACAAUACGUGACAUAAGUGUAAAUCAGAGAUAUAUAGCAACGUUGCAAAUUAUCUAAAUUCUCCUAAACUUACCCACACCUACUUGACCACAGAAAACAGAUAUCCAAGCUACACCCUUAGAAAAAAAUAAAUUUACGCUUGACGUAAAUUCAGACAUGCCGUAAUUUCUACGAUGAUGACACAAUAUUACAUCUACUAACAUGUAAAAUUAAAUUUUGCAUCUGUGUCGAUAUAAGCUUCAGUUGAAUUAACUGUGAAGUUAAUUAUAUGACUUAUUUUCACAUUCACAUAGUAAUCUAUCAUCAAGCAAGAAAAAGCGAAAGGCUUGAAUUUACGUAAUGCCUAAUUGGUAAAUUUUCCAAGAAUUCACUAAGAAAAUAUCGUUUAAACUUACUAUCCAAUUUACGCAACAUGCUCAACUAAAUUUAUAUAUCAGGUGUACAACUUUGCUUCCGCCUUUUUUCCAUCAUUAAAAGCUUUAUUACGAAAAAGUGCUUACAGAUGUCCUCUUUUGACGCUAUCCAUGAAGCAAUCCAUUUUUCCUACUCUUAGAAGGAUUGAAAAUUUUUAUCUGCCAGGCCGUGUGUCAUCGAACGGAAUAGGUGGAAGUCAGAAGGGGAGACAUCUGGGGAAUACGGCGCGUGGGGCAAGACUUCCCAUUUCAGCGUUUCCAGGUACUUUUUGACCACUUUUGCGACGUGAGGCCGAGCAUUGUCGUGUCGGAGGAUGACUUUGUCAUGUCGCUCUUGAUAUUGCGGCCGCUUUUCUUUUAGCGCGCGACUAAGGUUGCUGUCAGAGUGAAAGCGUCACGCGAAGCGUCUGGACGCGCGGGUGAGCUAGUUACAUUUGAUUAAAGCAAACCUGUCAGAGUAAAUGCGAAUGUAAAACAGUACAUCGCAUUGAAUCGCUUCGCUUCGGUCCGCAUUCCGCGCUCACUCUGGCAUCAACCUAAGGCGCAUCAGUUGCGUUCGGUAGCGAUCUCCUGUGAUGGUUUCACCCAGUUUUAAGAGCUCGUAGUAAAUCACACUCAGCUGAACCCACCAAAUACAAAACAUAACCUUGACGCCGUGAAUAUUCGGUUUUGCCUUCGAUGAAGUAGCAUGCCCGGGCCUUACCCAUGAUUAGGAUUUAGGAUUAUCGUAUCGAACCCACUUUUUAUCACCGGUUACCGGAUUCGAUGAAAGAACUUUUUACGAUUUUGUCUUUGAAGCAGUUGCUCACAUACAAAUAGACGGCGCUCGAUGUCCCUCAGUUUCAACUCGUACGGCACCCAGUUUCCUUCUUUCUGAAUCAUGCCCACAGCCUUGAGACGUUUUGAAAUGGCUUGCUGACUCACUCCCAACGAUUCGGCUCUUCAUGGGUUUGGCACGAAUCUUCAUCAAGCAAUGCUUCUAGUUGUUCAUCUUUGAAGGUUUUUUCUCUUCCACCACCAUGUUUGUCUUCGACAUCGAAAUCACCAUUUUUAAAACGUUGAAACCACUCCCGACACGUUCUUUGACUCAGAGCAGCAUCACCGUAAGUUUCUGAGAGCAUUCGAUGCGCUUCAGCUGCAUUUUUUUCGAUUUGUAACAGAAAAGUAAAACUUCCCGCAAAUGGCGAGAAUUGGGCACAUCAACAGAUAUUUUCGAGCGUGAAUAUUACGAAAACAAGAACAACUGUCACUGAAACGACGAUGAAAAUUCGUUAGGCACUGUACACACUCACUUUAAAGACAUUAUCAGCCUCAGCCGGUACAGCCACCUUUCGGAAAACGGCGGAAGCAAAGUUGUACACCUGAUACUCUGUUUUCUAUGUGUAGGAAAAUGUAAUUUUACAUUUCGGUAACUGGAUAGGUUUGCCAAGGUGUUCUUUCUCGUCAAAUUCUGUAAUAUUACGGGGGAUAUUUUGUGAAUUGCAUCAUACGUGGAGUUUUGUCACCAAUGCAAUUCAUGUUUUCUCACAUACUUUGGCUGCGAGAAACAAAUAUAAGUUCUACUUAUGCUAAACGGGAAAACAACUGCGUCAUUCACCAGCUUAAUGUGGUUCUACUUUUGUUAGUGAUAGUUCAAGAAAUUCCAGCACUGCCUGGAAUCAAAAUGCUUAUAACUUAUAUCCAACUCUACGAUCUAUCCGGGAAAAAAAGACUUUAAGUCGGUGUCAUCAUCAAUGCAAUGAUUCAGGUCUUCAUCCUUCGGACUAAAGCAACUGGAAUGCCCACCAUAUUGGUUCAAGAUAACGAGUAGCUCGACUGAUAAGCAAAUCGUGAAGCGACGCUACGGCUGCAUACCGUUACCGGAUUGUACUGGCAACUCACUAUUCUCGACCAUGAUCCGAUCAAUAAAAGUCUUGUUAGCUGUUCACUAAGCUGUCAGUACGAAUCAGUCGCCUCAAGUGGCACCAAUGUUCAACUUAACCGACAGCAAUUAGCAGUUAAUUAUACCUAAACGUGAUAAUAAUUCCAUAGCAUGUCAUUAAAAGCGAUUUGGCGAGUGAACAAAUUAAUAGCCCAUAAAACAUCAUUAGACAAUUAACAAAUUCAAUAAGAUUAUUUACCCAAGGCGUGAUCACGUACAAAGUGCUAUCGAUAACAGUCUGCCUUAUCGAGAACAGCGCUUUGAUCUUCACCGUGUCGAUCGACUCGACGGUCGUUGGAUCCUCGUGGGAGACAGGAAUACUACAUUAACUCUCACGUGCUGCAUCUUUGGCGUCUCUUUGCUUCGGUUAGUAGUAACCAACCGCGGCGUCGUACCGAAGAGAGUGAACUACGAUUCAUUCGACCAGACGCCGCCACACGGUAGAGCACAAAACAGUCUGAAAGCAGAGCCGGGGAAGUGGUGGUACAAAAAGUUCAGAGCGCGUGAGCUACAUUUGCGCUUUCGAUUUCAGUCGCUUGAGUACGACGGGCCAAGCCAAGUGUGCACUCGAACUGAGUAGUGGGUGAUGUAACGAUUGCUCUGUGCGGACCAAGUGUCAACUAUUGUUAUUGUUUGCUGCGAAUUCCGUUUGAUUGAGCAGCUAGUGGUAUAUCGGGUGGACUGUCGGUAGCAGGUCACAAGUGUUGCGAUUUACGCAUUUUUUCGGUCGGCCACUGGAUAAUUCAGACCGAAGAAAAGUGCGACAUGAUGAACGGGAAUUCGAGACGACGGCUCAGCUCGGUAGCGAUGUGGUCAGCCACGGGGCUGUGUGUUGCUCUUUUCACGCUCGUUGAAUCACAAGAAAUUCAGACCAUUCCAUCAACGGCCUACGUGAAAACUUUGGCCAAAAACGUCAACCUUCUAUGCCAUAGUGAUAAACCGAUCGAGUUCUGUAGUGUUCAAAUUCCCGGAAUCACGGGUACCCACGACAUCCGACACCUGCCAACUGACAUCAAAUACUACGGAGACAGUUUGCAUCGGGGAGAUUGCGGCAUUGAAAUAGCGAAGUUGAAGGCAUCCAACGAAGGUAAAUUCUACUGCAACCUAACGAUUGGAGGGGAGGUUUUUCGGGAGGCGAUCGAUAUUGUAAUAGCCGUUAGCCCAGAACCGACGGAGAUUGAACUGGGACGAAACACGAUCAUCCAGCAUGGAGGCUUAGCACCGAACCAGACACUGGCUGUGAAGUGUAUCUCCCAGGAUGCUAUACCUCAGGCCAACUUGAGCUGGUUCCUUGAAGAUGAUCCCAUCGAUGAAAAACUGCCAGGACCGAUUGUCACUAGCGUUACGGUAGAUAAGAAAGGCAAAAAGCUAACCACCGUGACACAAGAAUUAAACUAUCCUAUCGCGGUGGCUGAUUGUGGCAAGAAAAUCAUCUGCAGAGCAGAACACUUUGCCAUCAGCAAGGGCUACUAUCGAGCUUUUCUUCCAUUGAAUAUUCGAAUUCCUCCUCAGCCAGUCCCUGCAAUAUACAUCGGAGAAGGAGCUCAUGCCGUUGUAAAUGUUACACUGAAGUCGAAUCCUCGACCGAAAACAAGUUGGAAGAUCGAUGGAAUCGCUAUCAACGAGGGCCAAUCCGUGGGACCCUACCAGGCAUACAUUCCCAAAGAUAUGGACUACGGGAAUUAUUUGGUUCUGCUGAAAAUCAACGAGCAAACGGAGCAGACGAAAUUGUUUGAGCUGGUCGCUACCAAUGAGCUGGGAACGCAAACCUACGUUAUAAAAGCAAGCAAGUAUCCGGCCUCGGAUGGCGACAACGACGAGGACAAUGAAGUGACACCCAAAAAUGGAGCCGUUUUCUGGCUCGUCAGCAUAUGGACGUUCUUUUGCUCUGUGAUAGUGACAUGUGUGUUACGAGUUCCUUAACUACUUGCUAUAACAUAUAUUGUACCAUAAAUUGGUUGCGUCAGUGUUCGGAUCGUUUUCUUCCGGUUCGUUGGACAGGGAACAGCAGUCGAGAGAAGUCGAUUCGGUUACUGAGCAAACAAUUUGCAUGAACAGUAUUGUGCAGACAAACAGCAAAAACUGAAGCUGAUGUCGAAUUUUUUAUACUAUGGAAGAUACAGGAUAAGUCAGUCCAAUACGUUACUAAUGCAAGGCUUCGUUGUUGUUGUAGAGUGUCGAAUAUUAGGUUUUAGUGCUUAUUUAUUGAAUGAAACUGCAUUUAUUAAGUUAAACGAAAGUGUGUGGGACAAACAGUGGACUAAUCGUCAAAUGUGAAAGAUUUCAACAACACUUGAUAGGUACAAAUAAAUGGUUUUACCAGA